AAAAGCCCACCCAUUUUGGCAGCUGCUACAUUUCACAUUCUCCUAAAGCUUACUGCAUUACCGCCAUUCAACAAAUCCCACACACUCCAAUGUUGAUCGCCGGAAUCAUCAUUUUAUCACUAUCUUUCUGUCAGAUAAUUCUCCUAAAGCUUAUCGCCAAUCAAGAAAUCUCAAACAAGCUAAUUGAUCGCCGGUAUCAUCAAUUUGUCGAGACAAACAUAUCUGUAAUUUGAAUGCACCAAUGUCGAGUUCUGUGUUUGAGGAUAAGGGUUGGUGGCACUGGCACCUUACAGAGGAAGAGUUAGAGGAGUUGCUGCUCACGAAUUUGGAGAUUUUGUAUACUGUGGCGAUAAAUAAGCUUGUUGAAUUUGGUUAUGGCGAGGAAGAGGCACUCAAUGCCAUUUUAGAGAACGGGCAUUGUUGUGGUGAGAUGGAUGUUUUGAAUAACAUUUUGAGUAAUUCUUUGGCUUAUCUGCAUAGUGGCCGAAGUAAUUGGAUUUCGGGGGAUCCGGUGCCCUUGUUUGCAGACUUGAGGCAGCUGCGGGAGUAUUCGCUUAUGGGAUCGGUUUCUUUCUUGCAACUAGAAAAGCCCCAUCUGACCAAGGAUGAUGCUUUGUGGAGUAUACUGAUGAGUGUUGUCAAUGUUGGUAAUGCAAGUGCAAUGGAAAUAGCUUUGCAGAGAGAGAUUGAGUGUCCAAAGAGAUUUAACCUGAGUCCGUCAAUGAAGUGCAUGUUGAAGAGGGAUGUUAUGAUGUUUGCUGCAGGAUUUGGGGGAAUUCCGAAGCGGUUCCAAUGGCAAUCACAAGCCUGCCCCAGUUCUUUAUCUGGUGGGUGUGGUACGGCAGCUGCAGUUCCAGUUGGGAACAGUGUCGAAUCCCAGUGUGCCAAGACUCAAGAUGUGGUUAACUCGGUAGUGAGUAAGUUUCUGAACACUGGAAAAGUAUCAUUGGAUGAACAAGAUUUCAUUAUCCUUAUCUUGGUCCAUCAGAUUACGUGCUUAAAGAAACAGGUGAAGGAACGUAAAGAGUGGGCUCAGCAGAAGGCGAUCCAAGCUGCAAAAAAGCUCAGUCGUGAUUUCACUGAACUGAGGAAGUUGAGAAUGGAGAGAGAGGGGACUCGGCGCCUGAAAAAGGGCAGGAAAACGUUUGUUGAUACUACCCUGAAGAAGGUCACUGAGAUGGAGAAUGCUGUAAAGAUGGUGCGUGAUCAAGUAGAUGAUGCAAAUGGUGUUGUUAAGAAGCUUGAGACAAAAAUUGCAGAAAUUAGAGCAGAGAUGGAAGCAUAUAAACUAAGUUCAUCUGAAUCGGUCUCAUCCUGUUUGGAAGUAGAGAAGAGGGAGAAAAGGUGCCUUAAGAGGCUUCUGGCGCGGGAGAAGCAGAAAACUAAGAUGCAGGAAGAUAUUGCCGCAGCGAAACAGAAGAUCUCAGAGUUACAGGAGGAACUGGCUCAGGUUGAGGAAGCCACAAAGGAAACUGAGGCAAAGUGGAGGCAGGAGCAGCAGGCUAAAGAACUAGUUUUCACACAGCUGGAGAAUGAGAGGCGCCUUAAAGAAGCUUCUAAGGCUAAUAACAAAACAAGGCUUGAUGAUCUGUGCCGAAAGAAAAAGAUUAAUUUCCAGCACCACAAAGAUGAUCUCCAGCGCCUUGAGCAAGAAUAUGAUUGCCUUAACGAGUCGGCACAGUUAACAGAGGUGGAUAAUGAUUUUUGGACAGAAGAUACCCGAGGAGAUGCCAUUGGAAGGCUGAUGCAUGAAGCUGAUAAACUGCAAGACUCUUCAAAAAAGGUCAGACGUGAUAGGGUAUGCGUGAUUUGCACGAAAGAUGAAGUUUCUGUCGUUUUUCUUCCUUGCACUCAUCAAGUGAUCUGUGCAAACUGUAACGACAACUAUGGAAAGAAAGGUAAAGAUACAUGUGCGUAUUGUGGGAUUCCGAUUGAACAAAGGAUUCAAGUUGUUGGUGCAAGCUCAUAGAUACAGUACAAGAUCCGAAGGUGUAUACAUGUCUUUAGUUUUCAGCUUUACUGGUUUCGUUGCCAGAAACCAGCAUAGAUACACGUGUAUAAAUAGCGUAGUCAUAUGCGGCCUGUGCAUUUCUACAUGAUACUCUCCUACUUUCUGUGGGAAGCAGGCUAUAUGAUCUUUCAAUAAGCAGCUAAUACAUAGAUUGAUA